UGAAACGCCAUGAGUCCGCCCCUUUAUGUUUGAAAAGCUACCGUUUCAUUCGCUGUCGCUUCACUCUACUCCUUCUUUUCUUCUUCGUCUAUAAUCUUCACUGUGCAUUUGCAGAUCUCUAUCUUUUCUUCACAUCUUCGAUUGGAUCUGCAAAUGUCCGCCUUUUCCACUUCCUCUCUCAUCCGGUUCUCUCUUUCUUGGUUUUCGAAGCUCAUUUCGUUGAUUUGUUCGGUUGUUUCGUGGGGAGGAACUUUCAAGUUAGCUUGAUUUAUAAUGUUUUGGAGAGCAUAUUGCGGAGAGAAGCGUUGUAGAGUUGGAAUUGGGGUAUGCAGCUUUAAUCAUCUACGAAGAAAAUAUGGAAGGUGACAGAACAGUAUCGACUCCUUCAGUUGGACUCAGCAUUGGCGAUGGUGCUCCGAGAAUGCGAGCUCUUCAUGGGAGGACUAGUGGUCCUACAAGACGUUCCACAAAAGGACAAUGGACAGCUGAAGAGGAUGAGAUUCUGCACGAAGCUGUUCAACGUUUCAAAGGAAAAAAUUGGAAAAAGAUAGCGGAGUGCUUCAAGGAUCGAACUGAUGUGCAGUGUUUACAUAGGUGGCAAAAGGUCUUGAACCCAGAACUGGUUAAAGGGCCGUGGUCAAAAGAGGAGGAUGAACUAAUAAUUGAGUUGGUGAACAAAUUUGGGCCAAAAAAGUGGUCUACCAUUGCUCAGCACUUACCUGGACGUAUUGGAAAGCAAUGCAGAGAAAGGUGGCAUAAUCAUCUCAAUCCUGCCAUAAACAAAGAGGCAUGGACUCAGGAAGAAGAGCUGGCUCUGAUUCGUGCUCAUCAGAUUUUUGGGAACAGAUGGGCAGAGCUCACAAAGUUCUUGCCAGGAAGGACAGACAAUGCAAUAAAAAAUCACUGGAACAGUUCAGUAAAAAAGAAAUUGAACUCUUACAUAGCAUCAGGCCUUCUAGACCAAUUUCAAUUCCCACUUCUUACAAAUCAAAGCCAGCCUAUGCCUUCAUCUUCUUCAAGGAUGCAAAGCAAUGCAGAUGAUAGUGGUGCCAAAUGUAGAGCAGAAGCAGAGGACAUAUCAGAAUGCAGCCAAGAAUCAACUAUAGUUGGUUGCUCUCAAUCUACAAGUGAUUUGGCUAAUGCUUCUGUACAUAAAAUAGAGCAAUUUCACUUGACUGAAAUGCCUGGUGUGGCAAAGGAGAAGAAUUCCAGUUCAGCACCUUGUUCAGAAGAGUAUUACCCAUCAUUGGAAGACAUCAACUUCUCCAUUCCAGAAAUACCUUGUGAAGCAGGGUACCCUAUGGGUGGGGAUUACCAGUUUGGUUUACCAGACCUACCUAAUAUUUCUCCUCUGGAAUUGCGGCAAGAAUCAUCAGGGUUGCCAACUCACUGUGUAGACGCUAAUGAAAGCUGUGAAGUGAUGAAUGUUGCAUUUCAAACUUCUGUCGGAUUAAAUGAUCCUACAUCUUUCGUAAACUUGGUUACAACCUCUGACAAGCCAGAGCAUAUGUUGAUAACUGAUGAUGAAUGUUGUAGGGUCCUAUUCUCGGAGGCAGUGAAAGAUAGAUGCCUUGCCUCUGAAAAUUUUACACAAGGAUCUAAUAUGGUUGAAUUGGGUGGCUGUACAAAUACAUCAAUUUGUCAAGCUUCAGACAUCCAAAUAUCUGAAACUGGAAGAACUCCACCCUCACAAUCUAAUUGUCCUUCAAGGUCUGAAGUAUUGCCAACCUCAUGCUGUCAAUCUUUUGCGUCUCCUUUACUUCUUUCGGUUGAGGAUGGUACACUUAUGUACGGCGGAGAGCCCGGUCAGUUAAAUGGUCAACCUUAUGGAACUCAAGGGCAAGAAUUUACUAUGAAUAUGCAUGAUGGCUUUAUCUAUACUAAUGAUGAUCAUACAGACCUGCAAGAGCAAUUGUACCUUGACAAGGAUUCUUUAAAGUUGGUUCCAGUGAAUACUUUUGGUUCAGAAUCAAAUGCAAUUCAAACUUGUCCUACUGUGGAUGACAAGCCAAACUUGCCUGCAGAACAAGAUGUUGGAGGUCUAUGUUAUGAGCCUCCUCGAUUUCCAAGCUUGGAUAUUCCAUUUUUCAGCUGUGAUCUUAUACCGUCUGGCAGUGAUAUGCAGCAAGAAUAUAGUCCCCUUGGUAUUCGCCAGCUAAUGAUGUCUUCUAUGAACUGCAUCACUCCAUUUAAGUUGUGGGAUUCAGCAUCAAGUGACAACAGUCCUGAUGCUGUGCUGAAAAGUGCUGCCAAAACUUUUACUUGUACACCAUCUAUAUUGAAGAAACGGCAUCGUGACCUACUAUCACCUUUAUCGGAAAGAAGAAGUGACAAAAAGCUGGAAACUGACAUGACAUCCAAUUUAACCAAAGAUUUCUCUCGCUUGGAUGUUAUGUUUGAUGAGGGUGGGGCUGCCAAGACAUCUCAGGUGUCUCCAUCUGAACAUAAAACCAACUCUGGUGUCUUCAUUGAAGAAAAAGAAAAUCUGUGUCAAGCAUUUGAUAUGGAACGAGCGAAUGGGGGAGAUCACUCUGAAUCUUUAGAUGAUGAAGCUCAGAAGAAAGAUUCUAGUGGAACUAAUUCCCAAGGAAACAUUAAAAAGGAAGCCUACGAUAUUGAUACCAAGGAAAAAUCUGAUGCUGAUGCUUCUGACAAAAUUGUCCAACGGCUUUCAGCAGUGCUAGUUGAGCAUAAUUUAAAUGAUCUACUAUUGUUUUCUCCUGAUAAUGUUGGCCCUAAAGCAGACAGACAAAAAUUGUCUUCAAGUGUGCGAACUCCAAGAAAUCAGUAUCAUAAAAGCUUUGGAGCUAUAUCAAAUCAAGGUUUUGCUUCUGAAUGCUUGUCGGGAAAUGCAUGCAUAGUUGCUAGCUCUCCUGCUCUGAAAGUAAAGAAUAGUGAAGGCCACUCAAUUGCUGUCACUACAGUACAAUGUUCCAAUUCAUCAGCAACCCUAGAGAAUUUGGUUGAUAAUACUGGGAUUGAUGCUGUUAUUGAAAAUUAUAAUAUAUUUGGUGAAACUCCAUUCAAAAGAAGUACUGAAUCCCCGUUAGCAUGGAAGUCUCCUUGGUUUAUCAACUCUUUUGUUCCGGGCCCAAGGGUUGAUACAGAAAUAACAAUUGAGGACAUAGGAUAUCUUAUGAGCCCUGGGGAUAGAAGCUAUGAUGCCAUCAGGUUGAUGAAGCAAUUAAGUGAGCAUACUGCAGCUGCUUAUGCUGAUGCCUUGGAGGUUUUGGGAAAUGAAACUCCGGAAUCAAUUGUAAAGGGAAGACGCUCCAACAAUCUUAAGGUGGACAAAGAGAAUAAUCAAUUGGAGACGCAAUCACAUUUGGCCUCAAAUAUCAUGGCAGAGCGUCGAACCCUUGAUUUUAGUGACUGUGGAACCCCAGGUAAGGGAACCGAAAAUGGGAAGUCGUCAACUGCUGUGAGUUUGUCAAGCCCCUCUUCCUAUCUUUUGAAAGGUUGCAGAUAGUAGUUUCUUUUGGCUAAAAGCCUCCCAUGUUUGUAGUUUAUAUUAUAUUAUAUUAUAUUAUAUAUAUAUAUAUAUUUCAUCAUUUUUUUUAUCUUUUCAAAAUUCUUCAAUUUGUUGUCGAAAGAGAAUGGAUCUAAUUAAUUAAUUGA